AUGGAUGGAAACAAUCAUGUUCACAAGGAGGAGCCAGCACAGCGUGAACACGGCCACGACAAGAAAUCGCCCCCGGUUUUGAGUGAGUCCGAGAAGGAGAUCGUUAACCUUCAACUGAAUGGUCUCGCGGCGGAACUCGACACUCAAAGUCUCUGGUCAUAUACCACGACAUGGGACAAGGCUAUCAUUGUGAUAAGUGUAGUCGCCGCCAUCCUCGGCGGUGCCUCGAACCCGUUGCUCACAGUAGUUUAUGGUUUGGCCGUCGGUUCCUUCGCAGAUAGAUCUAACGGGGUAACAUCCAUCUCCGAAUUGUCUGCAGAAGUGGCUAAGGUUUGCCUUUAUUGGAUAUAUCUUGGUAUUGCGAUGUUCUUCUUCAUUUACAUCACCACCGUUGGAUUUUACUACGUCGGCGAACGCAUCGUGAUGCGCCUACGCUAUGCUUAUCUCCGGACAAUUCUCCGGCAAAACAUAGCAUUCUUCGACACACUCGGCGCCGGCGAUGUCACAACCUGUAUCACCUCGGAUAUGAAUCUCAUCCAAGAAGGAAUUACCAGCAAAGUGUCUAUGGGUCUCACCGCAGUAGCGACUUUCUUCUCGGCUUAUACCAUCACAUAUAUUCAGUACUGGAGGCUCGGCCUUAUUAUGACGUCGACCGUGGUGGUGAUGCUGCUCACCGGAACAGCUGGAGGCAUUCUGGCUGUGAGAUAUUCAAAGUCAAGUAUGACGCUAUAUAAUAGCGGCUCCAAUCUGGCCGAAGAGAGUAUCGGAUCUAUCAGACAUGUGACGGCAUUUGGUAUCCAAAAUACUCUUGCAAACAAGUAUCUAGGAUUCCUGAGGCAGGGAGAGAAGCCUGGUAUUAAGGCAAGGCUGGCUAUAUCUUUCAUGAUUUCUUUCAUGAAUGGACUGCCUUUCCUCUCCUACAGUCUCUGCUUCUGGCAAAGUGGAAGGUAUAUUAUAUCAGGGCACAUGAGCCCCGGAGCUGCCGUGACUGCUACGAUGGCCAUUGUUAUCGGAGGAUUCGCCAUCGGAAAGGUCGCACCAAGUCUCCAGUCUUUCAUGGCUAGUACCGCAAGCGCUAGUAUGAUCAUUCGUUCCAUGCAAAGGGCAUCUCCCGAGGACCCCAUGUCCAAUGAUGGCAGAAAACUCGAAGAAAUAAAAGGAGAGGUCUCCUUCAAUGAUAUUAGUCUGGUCUAUCCAUCAAGACAAGACGUUGUUGUCCUUAAACGUGUAACCCUAACAAUGCCGGCUGGGAAAAUAACGGCGAUUGUGGGCCCAACUGGAUCUGGAAAAAGCAGUAUUAUCGGCCUGGUUGAGCGCUUUUACAGACCAACUGGGGGUCACAUCACACUCGAUGGACACAAUAUUCAGGAUUUGAACUUACGGUGGCUGCGCAGCCGACUGGCGUACGUAGGUCAGGAGCCAAUUUUGUUCAAUACCACCAUACUAGAGAAUAUUGGUCAUGGAUUGGCUUAUCUUGAGGAUGCCACUCGCUCAUCCCAGGGUAUCAAAGAUGCCGUCAUCAAGGCGGCGAAGGAUGCAAACGCACAUGAUUUCAUUAUGGCACUGCCUAAAGGUUAUGAUACGGUUGUUGGUGAAAAGGGCCUGCAGUUGUCUGGAGGACAGCGGCAACGAAUUGCUAUUGCGCGGGCCUUGAUUCGUGACCCGACUAUACUCAUCCUUGAUGAAGCCACAUCAGCCCUUGACAGCCGAGCUGAGAAAUUAGUGCAAAAGGCACUAACAAAGGCCGCUAAAGGCAGAACUACUAUAGUUAUUGCCCACCGGCUAUCGACUAUACGUUCAGCAGAUAAUAUCGUCGUCUUGUCUGCGGGUGAGAUUGCAGAGCAGGGAGAUCAUGAUAGCCUGAUGGCAAGACAGGGGUUGUAUGCAAACCUUGUUAACGGACAACAACUGACAGAGGAGAAAACGGAAGAAGACGACGAUGAUGCGCUAAUUGAGAAUGCAAGUGCUUCCUCAUGGCUCAUGGACGAGAAGGCCACUACCAAAGUACAGCCGGAGAUUGUUGUGGAGAAAAAGUCCGAUUCGAAGAAGUUCGAUAAACGGCUAUCCUUCUGGGAUCUUCUUCGCCUGAUGGAUAAGCUCAACCGCCCCGAGCGCAUGCUGAUUCUUUUGGGCUUUAUCGGCUGUGUAUUCGCGGGGCUAGGAACGCCAGUGCAGGCGAUCUUCUUUGCAAAGCUUAUUGAGGCAGUAUCCGUUCCCGCGUCUCAAUAUAAUAAGCUUCGCUCCGAAACCAGCUUCUGGGCCUCGAUGUACCUUAUGCUUGGAAUCGUUGCUAUUAUCUCAUGGUUUGGCCAGGGUGCCUGCUUUGCCUUCUCGUCAGAGCGCCUCAUCCGCAGAGCUAAGGACACAACUUUCCGAUCCAUUCUACGCCAGGAGGUCUCCUUCUUCGAUGAACGGCCAACAGGCGACCUAACAACGAUGCUGUCGCAGGAUACCACUCAUCUGGGUGGGCUGGACGGUGCCGUGCUGGGCUCCAUGAUCACUUUCACGGUUACCAUCAUUGGUGGUCUUGCACUCUCUGUUGCAAUAGGCUGGAAGCUGGGGCUUGUGUGUGCUGCCUUGAUCCCCAUUACGGUGGGUAGUGGCUAUAUCCGGUUGAUAAUUCUGAGCCUAUUUGACCGUAAAGUACGACAGACACAAGCCGAGUCUGCGGCUUACGCUAACGAAGCUGUGAGAGCUAUCCGCACCGUGGCAAGCUUGGGCCUUGAGAAUGAGGUGCUACAGCGUUAUCGUGCUAUUCUAGAACGUGAUGCAGCGGCGUCACUCCGCUCCAUUUUGUGGGCAUCGGUGCUGUUUGCCCUUUCUCAGUCUCUACUUAUGCCAACAGGUGCCUUGGUUUUCUGGUAUAGCAGUACACUGCUGGCAACUGGGGAAUACACGUUAACCCAGUGCUUUAUUUGCUUUUCUGCACUGGUCACUGGCGCGCAGACUGCGGGUGCGGUAUUCAAUUUUGCACCAGAUAUGAGCAAGGCGAUGCAGGCUGGACGACACCUUCGUAACUUAUUUGAGCGAGUACCCCCGAUUGACAGCUACAGCUCAGAGGGCCGGUUGCUGCCGGCAGAGACAUGUCGUGGUGCUAUUGAAAUCCAGGACGUGAGUUAUCGCUACCCGCAGCGUCCAGAGCGCGUCGUUCUAGCAAAUUUCUCCCUCUCAAUCAAAUCAGGACAGUUCGUUGCCCUCGUAGGGCCAAGUGGAUGCGGCAAAUCAACGGUUCUAGCUCUCCUCGAGCGCUUUUUCGACCCGGAUAUCGGACACAUCCGCGUUGAUGGGUCUAAUAUCACAGAGUUAAACAUCUCCCAGUAUAGAAGCCGUAUUGCAAUGGUCGGACAGGAACCGGUGGUGUACUCUGGCACUAUCCGUGAAAACCUGGUGUUAGGUGCCUCAGGAAAUGUGACAGAGGAAGCUAUUGCCCAGGCCUGUAAGGAUGCAAAUAUAUAUGAGUUCAUCAAAUCACUCCCGGAUGGAUUUGCAACUGUCGUCGGUGCACAGGGCAGCAUGUUGAGUGGAGGCCAAAAACAGCGAGUGGCCAUUGCGCGAGCACUCCUUCGCAACCCCAAGAUGCUACUGUUGGAUGAGGCGACGUCAGCACUGGAUUCGCAAUCAGAACGAAUAGUGCAGGAAGCCUUAGAUAGGGCAGCAAAAGGCCGCACCACUAUCUCAGUCGCCCACAGGCUGAGUACUAUCAAGCGAGCCGACCUGAUCUGCGUCAUGGACCAGGGCAAACUGGUCGAAAAGGGGACCCAUGAGCAGUUGAUGGCAAAGCGAGAGAUGUAUUACGAUCUUGUCCAGGCGCAGAAUCUUGACACUGGUCCUUGA